GCAACACUGCAAUACACUCAUUUUGGUCCCCCCCAUAAUACUUUACUCACAACCAGCAACCACCUUAACUCUGUAUGAUUGUUUUACUCUGCGUAUUUGUUUUCCAUGUGAAAAUAUUCGCUGUUAGUGUAGCAGAUUAAUUGUUGUUUGCUCGGAGCAGAAAAACAAUGUGUCGCAACCUUGCCGCGAAGAUACGCAUUGGCGGUUACUAUGGAAACGGGAAGCCGCCGCGGCUUAAUCGUUCGCCGGAAUGGAGUUCACCGGUAGCCGCUAUGACGGAGACACCAAAAAUGGCAGGAUGGAGAGUAGAGGAGAGUACACACUGCCAACCGGCACACGAUAUGUUGGGGAUAUGAAGGAUGGAUAUUUCCAUGGAAACGGGGUGUUGCAUUUUCCCAAUGGAGGCAAAUACGAGGGUACCUGGGAGAAAGGGAUAUGUAAUCAGGGGACAUACACCUUUUCUGACGGACUGGUGUACCAGGAGACAGACUGGGUGUAUUGUGAUGGAAAUGACAGGCGAUACUAUACAGAAAUAUGCCAUGGACUGAAACCCGCAGGAGAAUCCCACUUGACUAAUCUGGAUCCUCCGAGAGUUAUCCCAGAGGGCUGUUACGACUGCGGGGAUGGAUUUUACAACCACAAAACUCGAAUUAUCACUGAUUAUGAACACCGUUUCCUGAGAAAUGCAGAUGACGACGAGCACAAGUGGAUUGUGAGCACCUGUCGGAAGAGCUGGGACGAAAUUGCAGGGCAGCGACAGGGAGGAAGCGUCUGAGGGAGGGGGCCUGGCAGACCCUGUUCAGCUAUCAUUAAAAUAAUCCAUGUGCCACUUCA